UCUAGAUCUUAAAAGGGAUCCUUUAGGCUGGCAAGAUGCCAACAAGGGAAAAUUAUAUUUCAAAAAAGUUUCAAACAAUUUUUAUUUGAACAUUCUUUUAUUGCUGAUUUAUAUAUAAUACUUAAAAUAUAUUGAAGUUAUCCUACAAGCUUUCUCAUGUUUUAAAUUGUUAUUCUUCUAACUUUCUGUCUAACUAACUACUUAUAAACUUUCUCAGUUAGUUUAGUCCCUACAGUCCAGCACUCAAUGAAGUUAAAAUCAGAGUCAAGUGCCAAGAAUCAUGAAAUAAAAACAAAUAUUUCAUUAUGAAAAAAUAUCUGGAUUAACUGGAGUUAGGAUACGCUAGGUUAAGAAAAAAAAAUGUCGGAAAAUCCUCCGCCGCAGGGAGUAGCAGAUAAGACAGCCAAACUUCUCAGGAAAAAGGAUUCUAAUAAUACUAACGCAGAGAUGUCUAAAGAUAAGCCUAAAAAGAGACAAUCUGCUGAAAUAAGCAACUUGAUGUCUCAACUCAUGGAAAAUAAAAAGGUAUUCACAGAAGAAGUGAGAUUAUCUAAAACGGAUCCUGGUUAUGGUGAACCUUUAAAAGGAACAAAGACUGAGGCCCGGGGGAGAAAGGCACAUGAUGAUAUCUCCAAGGAAAUCAUUGAACUGUGUGAAGUUAUCUGGAUGCAUGGACAACAAACAGGACGCUAUGAUGAGGACACAACUGUAAUACUGUUUGGAGAGCUGUUUAGCCUAUACAAUAGAAUAUCAAGCAAGGUUGUUGGGCUUCUUCUCAGGGCUAGGAAAUACAACCUUGUCUACUUUGAAGGGGAGACUCUUUUCCAGGGCCAGAAUAAUGAAACUCCAAUAUUUCUUCUCAGAUCAAUGGCUGAAAUUCGAGCCCUCUUCAAGUCAGGGCAAGACCCAAAAACAUUUAAGUGGGGGCAUGUUGCAGUAGCACCCAUAGAAGAGGAGAAAGGAGGAGUAAACCCAAAUCAGAAUCAAACCAAAGACACAAAAUUAUUGAAAAAAAAGACCAAGGAAAAUAAGGCCAACGAAAAAAGUAUUCUAAUAUCUAAUUUUGAGGAAAAAUUAAUGAAUGUAGAAAUUUCAGCAAUCUCAGAAAAUCUGGAAGAUCAUAGAGAAAAAACUUCUCUAGUACCUAUAAAAGAUGAUGCGGAAGGCACACCAGUUCCCAAACCAUCAGAGGAAAAUAUCAAUAAAGAUAAGCAGGACAUUGAAGACAUACAAUCAAGAAGUCCUUCCUUGGAAUUGGAAAAAUUUCCAUUUGAGCAAAUAUUAGGGAGCACAGAGGAAAGUUUGGAAAUUUCCAACAGGGAUACAGAGAGCAAAGAUCAUGAAGCAACAAUUAAAUAUGAUAAAUCAGUCAGCAAGCUUUGUGAAUCAGAUAACAACAUAACAUUGGGAAAUUCAGAAGAAGAUCAUUAAAUUUGUUUUUUUGUAUUAUAAUUGAAAAAGAAGUCUAUUAGAUUAGCAUCUAAAUUGUAUUCAUUAAACAACCUGAUUUAAGAAAAAAAAAUUUUAUCUAAUGAAAAAAAAAUGUGAAAACAAAUCUGUUAGAAGUUAUUAGAACAAUAAAAACAAAAAAUAUCAAU